UUGCCGCUGAGGUGGUAUCUCAUCGGUGCAGCCGCCGAUUGAGCGGCUGGAGAAAAGCGGAGGCGGAGAGCGAGACGGAGCCGCCCCCGCCGAAGCGAGCGAGUGCGGGCCCUUCAUCCCGGCGGGACCGGCGACAGUGCCGAAGCUGCGGGUGGUUGCGGAGAUUAUCAGCCAGAAGCUGCUGAAGGGCUGGAACAAAGGCUCCGCCGGAGCCCCGCGGGCGGCUGCCCCGCUGUCCGUGGGCAGAUGGCGUCGUUCGGCCUCGGGGGGCUCAACGCCGCUUCGCGGAGGAAGAGCGUGCAGUCCCGCAACGCGGCCGUGGAGAGGCGGAAUCUCAUCACCGUCUGCAGGUUUUCUGUCAAGACACUGAUUGAUCGUUCCUGUUUUGAAACUAUUGAUGAUUCUUCCCCAGAAUUUAACAAUUUUGCAGCUAUUCUGGAACAAAUUCUAAGUCAUCGCCUCAAAGGUCAGAUCUCCUGGUUUGGCUAUGAAAGUCCUCGUAGCUUUUGGGAUUAUAUUAAGGUGGCUUGCCGUAAAGUUUCACACAACUGCAUCUGUAGCAUUGAGAAUAUGGAAAAUGUUAGUUCUUCAAGAGCUAAGGGGAGAGCUUGGAUUAGGGUAGCACUCAUGGAAAAACACUUGUCUGAAUAUAUAUCCACAGCUUUGAGAGACUUCAAAACAAUCAGAAGAUUCUAUGAAGAUGGAGCAAUUGUAAUGGGAGAAGAAGCAAACAUGCUUGCUGGUAUGCUACUGGGCCUCAAUGCUAUUGAUUUCAGCUUCUGUCUUAAAGGAGAAGGCCUGGAUGGUAAUUAUCCAGCUGUGAUAGACUAUACACCCUACCUGAAAUUCACCCAAAGUUCUGACAGCAUCAGUAGUGAUGAAGAAGAACUAAGAACACUGGGCAGUACCGGCAGCGAAAGCAGCACCCCAGAAAAUAUUGGUCCUCUGUUUUUCUUAGAUGAAAACAGCUGGUACAAUAAAUGCAGAAGAGUUGAACAGAAAUAUCAACUUACGUUGGAGCAGAAGGGUUAUUUGGAAGAGCUAGUACGUCUUAGAGAGGCCAAGCUGGCUGAAUCCAUCACACAAAACAAGCUAUUACAUCAGAAAAUAGAAGCUAUUGACGUUGCCCAUAAAAUGGAAAAAGAACAGCUUGAAUACAUCAUAGUGGAACUACAAGAUCAGCUAACUGUGCUAAAGAAUAAUGAUUUAAGAUCAAGACAAGAAUUAACUACCCAUCUCACCAAUCAGUGGCCUUCCCCAGGAGCUCUGGAUGUUAAUGCUGUUGCCUUGGAUACGCUACUUUAUCGAAAACAAAAUAAGCAAUGGGAUGAAAAAAGUCUUCAUAGCCUGGACCAGCUGUCUACAGAUGUUAGCCCCUCUCAGACAUCUCUGGGUCCUAGUCAUUCCCAUGAUGGAGAUGGAAAACAGGAUGAAUUAAGUUUACUUAACGAAGGGAAAGAAGAUACUCCUUCAUUAUUUGGUCUCUGUGGCUCUCUAACUUCAGUAGCAAGUUACAAAUCCCUCACAAGUUUGAAAUCAAAUGAAUAUCUUGCAAGUCCAACAACAGAGAUGACAAGUCCUGGACUAACUCCUUCUUGAACCAGUCUACCUAGAGAAGACUUUUGUGUUUGUAAUAAUUUGGCAUUCCAUAACUAAUCUGCCAUCAAGACUGUUUAAAGGUCAGGCAAGUUUUUUUUUAAUUAACCAAUCCUUUUUGUCAUCAUCUAAAGCCCAGUGACUUACAGUUGUCCUGAAACAGGAUACUCCAAGGUACCUGUCUGCUUACAAUAUUAUUUUCAAAUCAACCUCUGAAUGCACAGUUAAGUCUGUAAAUGACUCUUAAGAAAAAACAAAAACUGACAGAAUCUGUUUUCAUGAGUUGCUAAACUUCAGGGCAGAAUAUUGUACUAAUUUACAUAUUUGCUAGGAUGGUGUAAAUCUUGUCAGGUAAGUGAAGAUUUUCCAAUUUACUAUAAACAUCAAAAUAUUUAAAUUGUAUACUAUUAAGACUAAUUUUUUUUAAAAAAAUAAUCGGAUUACUUAGAAUGCUGAUAAUCAUUAGAUCUUGGUUUGAGUUUGCAUUAUAUCAUAACACUGUUUUACUUGUGUCAGGAGAACCAGCAGUCUCUCUUCAUCAGCUAUCUGCACAGCUGAUAUACUGGCACAGUGAAUCACUUGCAAAAGGCAAGAAUGUGAAGAUAGCAUUUAAAUUAAUUUAUACUUCUCUCUGCAAGUUCCCUCCCAUAAACCUAUAUUGCCUCCUUCAAGAGUUUUACCCUUCUGAAAGCAAAUAUUAGCAGACUUUCAGGUAAAUGUUCUUGCUGAAUAGUUCUGAAGAACAUUAUUCUUGCAGUUGGUUCCAUACUAAAGAUUUUUCACCAAUCCAGUAAACACUACAUGAUUUAAACAAAGCAAUGCAAGACAUAGGUUUCUUCACCAAAACUUUGCAGACUAUUUUUUUUAAUGAAGAAACCUUUCUAGAAAUAUGUUCUUUAUUUUUGGUUAUAGACAGUGACAACUUUGUAAAAGUUAAUAUGCACACAAAGCCUCUGUACUUGAUGAUUAAGCAAAAUGCUUUAUUGUGCCAAAGAACACCCAUAUGUUUUUUGUAUGUGACAACAUAAAUUGAAACCUUUAAUUAGAGCUUAUUCUUGCACUACCAAUUGAAUUUGUUUUGGCAAAAUAAGGAGAUGAGCCUCCUGUAAGAUUCGCUGUAACAAUGUGGUUUGAUUGGGAGCCUGUCUCUCCCAUUGACACAAAGUAGUGGAGUUUAUUGGAUUGUGUAUCUGCUGAGCUAAAUUUUGAAACAAAUGCUGCAGUCUUGCACUUGAAUGGCCAGAGACUAUAUAUUGGAUAUCUGCUCAAGUAACAUGCAUGAUAAUGCUCUUGUAAAAUAGAUACUUUCAAGAACAUGGGGAACUGGGAACCUAUACAACUGAGUUUCCUGAAAUGUGUAGUUAUACUGGUGGAUUUGUAUAUUAAUGUUUAAAUGCUUCCUUCAGUCAUUCAUCAAUCAAGAACCAUGAUAUUGUCACACUGGUCAAAUGAGUUGUUAAUGCAGCCAGGGUGAAAACUUUUACAGAUGGCAACAAAACGCUUCAAUGUUUGUGUGAAGCCGAUUAAGUCAAUAUUUUGUGCAUGAGAAGUUUACUGUCUUGGUUCUGAAAUCUUGCCAAGCACUCAGAAUUAAAAAGCAGACAAACAAAUUGUGCAUAUUUGUUGCCCUGUUCUGUUGUAUCAAUAUGUUGCAUGUGCAUUAAACAUUUUGUAAUAUUA